AUGGACCCGCCGUUGGGACCCCUCAUGGCCCCGCUCAGGCUCGCCGCCCAUCCACUCUACCCGCAUGUCGACGCUGUCGGCAGCAGAAGAAGCGAUUUAGUAAAUCAGUCGUUGCCAGCGGGUGGGCCGCAGAUCGAGUCCGUUGAGACGGGUAGGGAGUUGUCUCUAGGAUCACUCGGGCCGUCCAGUGGGAACCGGUCGCCAUCAAUUGAUGCGAUCGAGAAAAUGGAAACCGAUAGUAGCGUGCGCGAAGAGAGCCAGGAUUCUUCUUCCAAGGUCGAGGAAGAUGAUGAUAAGGCUAUAUCUGUUUCAGGGGGGCGGAAAUGUCUGCAAGCUUAUUUUCGACAUGUUCACCGCGCAUAUCCCUUUUCUGAUAGCGAGGUUGCGCAGCAGGAAUUCGAGAAUAUUUGCACCCAAGAAGCGCAGAAUGGGUUUCUUUCGCGAUCGGCUGUGCCAAGCCGGCUGCACAUGUUAAUGGCGAUUGGGUUUACGACACUGCAGCGGGCCGGCGAAGCACAGGAUAUUGAAGAGCGACCAUUCGAGCCGUGUUUGAAGACUAUUCUGUGCGAAUGUGUUACCCGAGUUGAGGAACAUUCGGCAGGCACUUUGCUCCUGCUGGGCUUGUACCUCUUGUUCAAGCCCAGUGAUCUGGAUCCCAGAUCCAUCGUUGGCGUUUUGACCCGCCACGCAUUAGCGAUCGGACUAGUGAGCGAGACACCGGCAUGCCAAAACCUUUCUCCUCGUUCAUUAGAGCUGCGUCGUCGGUUGAGUUGGUCAAUCUAUGUUUUCGACCGUAUGAUCGGCAUUUCAUACGGACUUCCAUUCGGGUUAUCGAACGACUCAAUGCAAGUCCCAUUGCCAAGCAUCAUGAUCCACGAAUAUGGGUCGCAAGAGGGUCACCAGUAUACGAUCGCGCUCCAAGUCAGCAGGCACGUUAUUGCUCUCCGACAACUCGAGACCCGAAUUGUAAAUUCCAUUUAUAGCCACAGCCCUCCGGUGCACCCGCAGGAGUUACGGCGCCAGAUCGAAGAUUGGUAUACACAGGGUUGCCUCCUAUCUAGCUCGGCGCUGUGGGAGCAGGACCAGGUCCCAUUUCAUACGACCAUCACCUGGUUGAAUGUCCGCUACCAAAAUCUUCUUAUCCUACUAUAUACACCCGCAAGAGCCGAUUCGGCAUCAGAAGACAACCUGGCCCAGCUGCAGGCAGCUGCGCAGCAGUAUAUUCAACUGAGCCUCAUUCUCCACGAACACCGUCAUCUACCCAUGAACUGGGUCACUCUGUGUCGCUUGCUCUCACUGUCGGCUAUCUUUCUUUACUGUGUCGCGCAGUGGUCCCCGGCAUUCCAAGAUAUUCCAGAGAUUACCCUACUCGCCUCCUUACUGGAAUUGUUUGCACCCACUUGGAUUCCUGCACACGAAGCGGCUCGCCUUCUGCGAUGCCUGGCGGAUAUUACUGGGAAACAGAAAAAUCCCAUCAUACCACUAAGUCAGUCCUCGGCAUCCUCGGUCAUAACUUCUCCUGGGCUAGAGGUAGAACGUGGUCUCCAGGUGAUACAAGAUGAGUUAGCUGUGCUACUGAGUGAUACCUUAGGUGAAGCAAGCUUUUAUAUAUGGCCUUUGAGAUCUAAAGUCGCCGAUAGAAGGCUGUCGCACCAAUAUGUUACUCUGGAUGGCAUGGGUGGUAUUCCUGAUGGAGCACAAUUCGGAUCACGGAUCGGUAUCCCGCAAAACACCAUUUUGACACCUGCAGACAAUGCUCUGACAGAAAGUCCACUGGAAACACAAUGGAUGAGUCUGCUUGGUGGUCUUGGAUCGGAUAUGCUCUGA